UUUAAUAAUUUUUGUUGUUUUCAAUAAUUUCUUCGUUAUUAGAGCGAUUUUUAUCUUCGCUAUUUUGACGAUUCUAUCUACACUUUUAUAGUGUUUUUUUCCUAACGAUUUGUUCGUGUUUGGUUUUUUUGAUAAAAGUACAUCGCGAUUCAUCAAGAGAAAAGAUCAAUUUCUUCUUCAUCAGAAAAAUAGAUCUUGGGUUCGGGUUAGUCGCACAUGAAGAAUUUUGGGCAUAUCACUCCUCUGUCAUAGGAGUAUCUCUUUUCUAAGAAAAAAAAAAACUAUCAAUAUGGUCGAAUUACAGUUUUGUAUACCAUUCUUUAUCCAAUCUUAUAGUACAAGAUUUGGGUGCUAUCGUGGUAGAUCGCUCUUUCUCUUCGCGAUUUAUUUACGUUUUGUAUCUUUCUUUGUAUUUGUUUCAUCUUAUGAUGUACUUGUUUCCCUUUAAAACCAUCAUGUAAGUGUUUCUUGUGGAAUGAAAUACUUGUGGUUUGACGAUAAAAAAAAAAAAACAAGAAAUCCGCAUUUGUCAUGAUUUGGCUUUUACAUGUGUAUAAUCUAUCUUACAAAAACAAAUGUGUUUUUGCUGAUCGGACGGCUCCGGACAGGCGUUUUUCUCCGAUCAAUGGCUGUCAUUCCUUCGAAACUGCGAAAGAUAAAUCGUGGUUAAGAAUUAACCCUCUUUUUAAGGCCUAAUCCGACGUCCCAGAUCGGCAGAUCUCUUCUUGCACUUAAUCCCUUUUCCGUUACGAAACCCAUUGUCGGCGAUAUCUUCUUGCUUUCUACCAACGACAUGAUUUGCGCCAUUCAAUUCCUUUGAUUAAUUCCCGAAUAAUCAAUUUUAUGCGUUACAUUAGAAGAGUUAUCCUUCGAAAUAUUUCCCUACAUAAACCUAACUGAAGGUAUCAUCUUCCCAGGUUUCUCCAUAUCUUUCUUCUGCAUACUCUCUCAAGACUAUUAGCAUAUAAUGUCCCAAAGUAGGUGGUACGCACAGUUAAGAUGGUGCAAAAUUCGAAACAUCAGACAGCAGACAGCAGGGGAAAUGACUUAUAAUUGCCAUGAAAUGGAGCAGCUUAUUUGCAAAGAAGAUCUGAACCCUUUAAAUCUGAGCUCAUCUUCUCUAUAUUUAUGGAGAGCUUUUGGUGUGUCAGGAAUAUCUGGUGGUACCGACAUUCAUUGUUCUGGAUGCUUUUGUCCGAAUGAUGCAGUGCUUCUCCAUGACAUUUCAAAACUGCUGAAACUCUCUCAAGAAAAUCCCAGUCCUCAAGCAUAAGGCGAUCAACCAGAUUUGUGAAAUUAAUGGAGGUAAAUCAUGCCAGAUUUGGGUAAGCCUCACCUAUAACUGGCACUAAGCUUAUUUGAAGGGUACUUGGUACAUUUCCAGUAUUUUUUACCAGGUGAUAAUUGCUAUGAUAUAUGUUGGUGCCCCAUGUUCUUCUAUCACUAAAUCUACCUAUAUAGGUUAAACCCAACAUUAACUAAUCGAUGUUAAAUAAGCAUGAAUGAGUUUGAAUUCAAUUGUAUAAUUUAGUAAUGGUCAUUUGAGAACA